CCUCCCUCCCUCCCUCUUAAACCCACCCUGGAUGCAGGCGGCGUGCACACCGGCAGACACACUCAGCCUCCCUCUUCGCACUCUCAGCAUCGCCAUCACUGGUCUGUGGAUUUAAUCCAGGAAUAUCGCCAAGAUGUCUGACAAGCCUGACAUGACCGAGAUCUCUCGUUUCGACAAGACAAAGCUAAAGAAGACAGAGACAAAGGAGAAAAAUCCUCUGCCGACCAAAGAGACCAUCGAGCAGGAGAGGAAAGGCGACGCCACACCUUGAGCACAACCAUGCUGAGAUGCCACAUCGAAAAGAAGCACUUUCUUUCUUUAUCACACUGUUUGAAUCUUUGUUUUUGCUAAGAAAAAGCUGCUCCGGGGCUCCUCUGAGCGGCCAUGAGGGUCAACUUUUACCACUGGAGUGUUAGACAAUAGCCUGGCUGCCUGUCUUGUUCUCAUGUCUCCAAUGUUGCCAAACUGAGGAGUGGAGUGAUGAUGUAGCGUGGAGCGGCAGGCAGCCAGGCGGGGGAUGGGGUGUGGGUGUGGGUGUGGAGGGGUGGUCU